CAGACAAUGUUGAAGAGGGGAGCAGCACUCUGCAGGCACACCUGGACAACAUCCCUCCCAGUGUGGGUCCCUUGCUGCGGGUGCUGGUGUCUGCGUUUGCUCCCAUCUACUGGACUACUGUGCUGCAGAGUGGAGUAGCCAGAAACGGCUACUCCCUCACUGAGGGCCAGUUCAGACAGGAGUCUCAGCUGGAGUUUGAGACCGGGGAGAUCCUUCGUUUGACCCAUGUUGCCAGAGGUCUGGAUUCUGAGGGAGUUUUACAGAUUGACAUCGUAAUUAACGGAUUUGUACCUCCUUCAUUGUCAUCAUCUCAUCUGAGCCUACAAGAGUUUGAUGAGUCAUAUGUGCAGACGGGCCAAGGGCAGCUGUACGCGUGGUCAUCGCAGACCCACCAGGGAGGAGGAAACCCCAUGGUGCUGCGCUGUAAUCACACCAUUAUUUAUGAAGGUCAGGAGGAACGCCAGGGCCCCGUGCUCCAGCUGCUCAAGGUUUCUGGGAUGAACAGCGUCUACAACAUGUUAACUCUCACUUUGGACUUCCACAUCACUGCUAGCCUUCUCACACCAGAUGGUUAUGGAGAAACAUGCCCCAAGGGUUUUAUUCUUGACACAGCGUCCUACUGUGCUGAUGAGGACGAGUGUGUGCUUCAGUCUCCCUGCUCUCACUCAUGUAACAACAUCAUGGGAGGCUUUUCCUGUGCCUGUCCCUCUGGCUUCACCAUCUCUACAGAGACCAACACAUGCCAAGAUAUCGAUGAGUGUUCCCAGGGUUCACACAUGUGCCACUACAACCAGCAGUUCAACACAGUUGGCACAUAUCGCUGCCAGGCCAAGUGUGGACCAGGAUUUAAGCCCAGCAUCGCGGGAACCAGCUGUGAAGAUGUGGAUGAGUGCCAAGAGUCUGCCGUCUCCCCAUGCCAGCAUCAGUGUCUCAACACUCUGGGCUCCUACCGCUGCAUCUGUCACCCUGGAUACCAGCUGUCAGGACACCGGUGCAUCGACAUCAAUGAGUGCAUGAGGAAUGUGUGCCCGGCUCACAAGGAGUGCCGUAACACAGAGGGAGGAUACCAGUGUUUUGACAGCUGCCCAGCUGGCAUGACCAAAUCAGAAAAUGGUGCCUGCAUGGAUGUUGACGAAUGCCAGGAUGGAAGUCACAUGUGUCGCUACACUCAGAUCUGUCAGAACACAAUUGGAGGUUACGGUUGUGUGUGUCCCAGAGGUUACCGAUCUCAGGGAGUAGGCCUGCCAUGUCUGGACAUUGACGAGUGCCAGCAGACACCAAACCCUUGUGCCUACCAGUGCCGCAACGUGCCUGGCAGCUUUAGGUGCCUGUGCCCUCCUGGUACUGUGCUGCUUGGAGACGGGCGCUCCUGUGCGGGGCUGGAGAGAGGGCUAACCUUCACCAAUGGCACCAGAGUCAGGGCAAGACUCCACCCACAGCUGGUAUCGUCUCUCGGUCAGCCAAUCCUCUCCCGUUCUCCUGGAGUGACUCGCAUCACCAGGCAGAGCUGUCCUGUGGGCUACACCAACAGAGACGGCACGUGUGUUGAUGUAGAUGAAUGUCUGCUCAGGAAGCCAUGUCAACACGAGUGCCGAAACACCAUUGGCAGUUUCCAGUGCCUGUGUCCUCCUGGCUAUCAACUCCUACCCAAUGGCAAGAGCUGUAAAGACAUCAAUGAAUGUAUAGAACAAGGAAUCCAAUGUGGACACAAUCAGAUGUGUUUUAAUACCCGAGGAGGAUACCAGUGCAUGGACACACCCUGCCCUGCUUCCUAUCAGAGUGGAAGAAGCCCCGGGACAUGCUACAGGCCCUGUUCUCUGGACUGUGCCACAGGAGGCUCUCCUCUGCUCCUGCAGUACAAGCUGCUCACUCUCCCCUCUGGCAUUCCGGCCAAUCACAAUGUGGUACGACUGUCGGCUUUCUCAGAGUCAGGCAUCCUGCAAGAGCGUACGUCUUUUACGGUACUUGAGCAGGAAUCAGUGUCAGGUGGAAUGGGCCGGUUGUUUGGCAUCAGAGACGAGGCAGGCCGGGGGAUCAUCUUCACCCUGCGGGCUCUGAACAGUCCGGGACUAGUGCGCCUCAAGGUGCAGGCCACAACCAUCUCUCUGCAGGGCCGCAUCACCUACCAGAGCAUCUUCAUCAUCUACAUCUCCAUCUCAACGUACCCCUACUGAGCCUCUAUGCUGCUUUACAGAAGACUCUGCCUCCCAGCGGCCUCUGGAGGCCUCUUAACCACAAGGCCAUUCCCCCCCAAGACCCUGUGCCUCGGACACAUUUGGCCAUGCAAAGAAGUGCAUAAGAACAUACAAGAGUAGGUGGACAUGGAUUUCAUGAAGAUGUGUUCAUCCAUGGUGGAAAAAGUCCUUUACAGUAAAUGUUCAUUAGGCUCUGUUGAAUUAAUUAUAGAGCAGAACCUACGCUGUAGUAGAAAUCUGAACUGAGAAACAUACUGGACUUUUGUUCAUAUUCACUAUACGCCCUAUUUGGGGAUAUAUCUUUCUAACCAAUAUCUGAAAAUGCAGAAUGCAAAAAAAAUGUAAUGUAAACCAAGCACUGAAGUUAUUUACUAUCCAUCAAGAACCACCACUUUUUUAUCUUCUGCGAUCUAUCAUUUUGUUCGCUUACUUUACAAUGUUAUCUAAUUCUGGGACAGAUUUAUUUUUAAACAAAAAUAUGUUUUGCAGCCCACACUUGACAGUUAAGAAAUUUUACACUUUUCCCCCUACCACUUUAAUUUAUUGAAGUCAUUUGAAAGCAUCACUGGUUUAAACAACCUCUAGUCCCAGAAGAUUUGAAUUAAUCAGGAUCUACUAGCAUCGUGAUAACAAACCUUUAAUGGCACAUUGUAACAUUGGCUUGUAGCUAUCUAGCAAGCAACACUGUUUCCUAUAUGUUUUUUAUACUCUUUUAUACAGGUUUUAAGGUGCUAAUUUGAAUGUACUGUAGUGUUUUCAAUACUCACCACAGAGUUUGACUGCACUUACUUUAUGCAGUGUGUGUCAUUAGCUACAAAAUGACAUGGCUUUUCUGCAUUCAUAACACUAUACACAUUUUAAAACUCAAUUCAACAUUAGAAGUAGUUGGUGUUCAGUCCUAAAAUGUUUGCCAUCAAUAUUCAGAUCUGAGAAGGGAGUUGAUCUGAAAGAAAACAUAAAAUGCUAACAGUUGCAGUAAAAAUGUGUGCUCUACUCCUGCAGAUUAAAGAAAUAUUUCCCUGUUGCUGUAAAUGAGUGUCAAAUAAUUCUAGAAAUAAAAUGGACAACACUU